UAAAUAUGUACAAUGCAUAAUGUUAGCUCAUGUUAGCUCAAUGCAUCACAAUGUAGUUGGCCUCUGUUCCUUUCGUUAAAUAUUUGUGUUGGCCUCUCACAGGAUGGAUGAGUUGUGCGAGUUCUUGAGGUCGCGGAAUGUACCAGAAGAAAACAUACAGCAACUGGAAAACGAUAAGAUCGAUCCCAAUGUCCUCCUGCUCAUGAACGACGACCAGUUAACCCAGUAUCUACCAUCAUAUGGAGACCGACUGGCUGUCCUUGGAUAUUGCAGAUUGAAGGGGAAGAAUCCUGUUGCCUGCAAAUCAAAACUUUUUGAGCGACUGAAAGCCAAGGUAGCAAAAAGUGAGGAUCGUGAACACUUGUCUGAGAAGUUACCAUGUCAAAAUGCUCAGAAGAAAGAGCGUAAAAUUGAAAUUGGCUGGUUGAAUUUCCGUGACGGGAAAUUCUUACAAAUGAGGGCCAAAAAGGGGGGCGGGACCAGAAAAAUCUCUGUGUCCAAGAAUUGUUGUAAAGAUCAGUUAAUUGAACAGGCCAAAAACCUGUUUUUCCCUGGUCAGAAAAAUGCAGAAGGAAAUGUUCAAGAUUUUGCGAUUGAACUAACUGAUUUUCAGGAGCGCCCGUUAGAUCCCCUGACUACAGUUGGGGAACUUUAUGAAGUAACAAAGCUGCCCAUUUUACGCUUUUACUUAGCAACAACCAAGAGGGAUGGUUGCAGUGAGAAUCAGCUUGCAGCCUCCCCCAACCCCCCUAGGCCUAGUUUACCUCUGGCUGAAGGUCAGGAAACCGCAGAUGUGGUAUAUGCUAGUAGCAGCAAUGUCCUGUCUGAUACAAACAGUGAUCCUGAGCCCUUCGAUUGCUCCACUGUUGAAAUGACAGAUUUGGCUACUGUGAGCGAAGUUGAUGCCGCCAAUGCUGUAGAUGACUUGGAGAAUAGUGGCACAGUUACCUUUUUCCAAGGACACCUACAUGAUCUGGACUGGGUUAGCCUUGAUGAUACCUUAGAAACAUCCUGA